AUGAAGUUGUUCGCGUUUGGGUUUCUGGCCUUGCUAUGGCUGGUUGGGUGUAACGCUCACACAGUGCUGCUUCCAGCUCACGGGCAGCGUUGUUUUUAUGAGACCUUGAAAUCGAGAGACGAGCUGGCAAUCUCGUUCCAGUUCGGCGAUAGAUCUCCAGACUCAACAGACCAGAUGACAGGGGAUUUCAUGGUGUAUGGUCCUAAUAGACGUGACAUUCUCAAGGAAGAAAGAGACGUUUCCCAUGGGGAUGUUCGAAUCAGCGUUCCACAGGACGGCAAGUUUGAAUACUGUUUCUCGAACGAAAGAUCAGGUGUGACCACAAAAGAUGUGACUUUCAACAUAGAGGGCAUUGUGUAUGUGAAUGAGAACGAUCCCAAGGCAGACUCGCUAGAUGGCGCCGUAAGACAGCUAUCGAGAUUGACACGCGAAUUGAAAAACGAACAGAGCUAUAUUGUCAUCAGAGAAAGAACACAUAGAAACACCGCUGAGUCAACCAACGACCGUGUCAAGUGGUGGUCUGUUUUCCAGCUCUUUGUCGUGAUCGUCAAUUCGUUGUUCCAGAUCUACUACUUGAGACGUUUCUUCGAAGUGACCUCAUUUGUGUAA